AUGUGGUCUAAUUUCAGCGUUAUACGCUUGACCGCGGAGAACACUCUGGGAAAGACGACCCUAGGUAAACCCAAAGCACAAAAGGCUACCUGGUUUUGGAACGAGGAAGUUCAGGCGGCAAUUUGUGUGAAUCGUUUAGUCAGAGCGCGUCAUCGUUCAACGUUUGAUAUGGAGCACACCAAGAUCGUUAAGGGAGCUGAUGGAGUCGUUCUGCGUCGCUCUGGUCAGAUCCUGGAGAGGUGGCAAGAGUACUACAAUCACUUGUAUAACGAAGAGUUCUGUCAUCCUCCCAUCCCAACUGUUCCCAGCGUCGAGGGUCCUGUUCUACCAAUUACUGCCGUCGAAGUUAGUGCUGCCCUCGCAAAAAUGAAGUCGAACAAGGCAACCGGUCCUGAUGACACACCUGCUGAUGUCUGGAAGCUGCUAGGAGAUCGAGGAUCCGUGUGGCUCGCAACUCUUUUUAACAGGAUCGCUGCAGAAGGACGGACUCCAGACGUUUGGCAAACUUCCGUGACCGUGUCUGUCUGGAAAGGGAAAGGAGACAUUGCUGACUGCACUUCGUACAGACCUAUACGACUGCUGUGCCAUACGAUGAAGGUUUUUAGCGUGUCCUGGAAGCUCGUCUGA